GCCAUGCAGGUGCGCCAUCGCACUUGCUGUUUCCGGCGUGAAAUAGCCGUCUCCCUUUCCCGCUUCAACCCGGAGUACCCGGACGGCGGAUGGACUUUUGACGUCCUUUCGAUGUGAUAAUGGAGUUUUAUCGAUGACGACGGCGACGACGAUGCUAGGUAUACCUUGUGUGUGAAUGACCGAAUACGCAUGACGGAACGAUGCGUGCUAUCCUGGGUUUGACGGCGAUGAAGCGCCGGGAAGAGAAGAAGGAAGGAGAAAGUGCAACCGGGAGCGAACGGGCGUGAAGGAGAUGGCAGGUUGGAAGGCACGAGGAUAACGAAGCGAAUACAGUGGAAGCAGACACAAUCUAUACAAGAAAGAAAAGAAAAAUACCAACGAAGAAAUUUCUUGAUAUCUGCAAUAUCUAAAAAUUAUCGAAGUAUAAAUAUCUUUAUAUUUAUCGUGAAGACAGCAAUCAACGAUAUCUUCAAUUCCAUGAACUUCUUCUCGAUACAAUCGUACGUCCCUGGCAUCGCGCACGGUGGGGGCAAAAGAAACGGAGACAGAGGGUGUCGGUCGUUGGGUCGGCACGGCGGCGAACAGUGGCGAGCGGACUCGUACACCAGCCACGGGUCGAGCGAGCUCUCGCGAGUGUCGUGCAGGAGCUCGUGUCGUCGAGGAGCUCACAAACACGCCAAAUCACGGAGAAACUCGAACCUCAGAAGAGUUAUCCUUUUCUACGCAAGAAUCUUCAUCAACACGCUGCUGAAAAGCUCCCGGAAGAGCAGAAGAAUUCGUAAAAACUCGCGAAGGAUCUCUCGCAAUCAUGGAAGGUCAUCUCGACUUGUCGUAAAGCAGCUAGCAUCACUAGCUCGAUAGCACACAAUUAGCGGUGAUUGUGACAUCCGAAAGGGCGGAUGCAAACUAUCGAGCGGUAUAUUCUCAGAGAGAUGCACGUGCGAUAGAACGCCCCUUUUCGCUCCGAAAACAAAUGUAGUGUGUCAAUUUUAAUAAUAUUGCUCCGAAAGAAGUGACAGAUAAUCGAUCGGAUCAACAAGAACGAGAGACAAGAUUCAUGUGUCAUUUAAUAGCAUUGUGUCAUUGUUAUCUUACGAUAUUACAUGUUUUCGCUAUCUCGUGAAUGCUGGCUAUGAUGACAUCGAUAUUCUCUUUCCUCGAAAAUCUUAUAUUCCACGCAAGAAUCAUCAAGAUUGUUACUCAGUGCACGAGAGGUCAAUGUAUGUAGAAACGAGGACAGAGCGAGCGCAAGUUUCGUAAUCAUCUCGCUGCAUUAUUGAGCCUGAGCUGGAUAUGAUGCUGGACACGUGUGUCAGCUCAGCACGUCGGCGUCGCGAUGACAUCUGAAGAAACUCGGAGCCACUCUAUAGUCGCCUGUAUCAUCUUAUCGAUUUAGAUAUGACAAUACUGAAUACAUCCUCGCAUACGAGAUUUCACGAUCGGCCCCGGGGAAACUUAAAAUUAGCGAUCGACGUUUCGUCAAGGAUAUGACAACUUCGAAAGUGCAAUGUAUCAAUGUAAAUUAUUCUCGCAAGACUUUCAGAUUGAAUCGAUGACGAGUUUGUAGCAACGAAUUGUACGGAGCGGAAUAAAAUAGACACGGUAAUUCUGUAAAAUUUCGUCGGGAUGUUACCGCCUAGUGUGAUCGAUGUGCAGGACUCUACGCCGCGCGAUGUGGCGAUGAGCAGUCGCGGUCUGCUGUCGGAGACAAUGUGCGGCGCCGAGCUGCGUCCCAUCGAGGCGACGACGUGCCACAUCGCCAGGUGCCGCGAGGAAUUCGACGAGACCAUCCGCACUGUCUCGGAGCCGGAAUGCUCGAAGCGGAGAAUCGACUCGACCGGUACCGGCAGCACUAGAUCUGUGCCAGACGCCCGGUCGCGUCAGGGCUUCUCCAAGGGCUCCGCUUCUCUGCAGAGUCUGGUUCGUCGAAGAAGCCGUAAACACGGCGGCUCGUCCCUACCUUCAGGGAUCGAGUUGUCCUCGAGGCAGGCCGUCUAUCCCUCUGCUCCAUCGGAUUUUAUCAAGGACAUGGGCAACACGGCGGUCUUCCGGAAUGAGGAGGAGAUGCAAACCGUGACGCCGACGUCGACGCUCGUCUACGCGACCUCGUCGGCGCAACCGUCGACCUCAAGGACCGACAAUCCGACCCAGGAUGUUUCCUCGUCGGCCAGCAAUGUGGCCACCACUACGGGCAGCAACGUCACGCCGACGACUAACGGCGGCCGCUUCGGCAACGCGGCCGUCUCGCUGAUAAAGACGAUCAGCGUUGCGAAGCCCGGACCUUCCACGUCUUCCUCUUGGAACAAUUCCACCGAGCAGCAAGAGAGCGAUUACGUAGUCGAUCCUGUGCAGGGAAACGCUUACUACAAGGGGCAGUUUCUAGGAAAGGGUGGCUUUGCGAGAGUCUACCUAAUGACUGACGUCAGUAAUGGAAAUCAAUACGCGUGCAAGAUUAUUCCGAAGAAUCGGAUGCAGAAGAUUCACAUGCAAAAGAUUGCGCGUGAGAUCAUGAUUCAUAAAGAGCUGAAUCACGUGAACGUCGUCCAGAUGCAUCACUACUUCGAGGACAAUCUAAACGUGUACAUGCUUCUAGAGGCCUGCCCACGAAAGAGCUUGAUGCACGUGCUGAAGUACCGUGGCAAAGUCACAGAACCGGAAGCGCGUUACUACAUGAAGCAAAUGGUGACUGGCGUCGCGUACAUCCACUCGCAGAAAGUCGUUCACCGGGAUCUGAAGCCGGGCAAUAUGUUCCUGUCGGAUCGGAUGAUCGUCAAGAUUGGCGACUUCGGAUUGGCGACCAGGCCCGAUGGCCAACGUAGACGAGUGACGAUAUGCGGCACGCCAAACUACAUAGCGCCGGAAGUGUUAUACAAGCAGGCGUACAGCUACGAGGCGGAUGUUUGGGCGUUGGGCUGCAUAUUGUACGCUCUGCUGGUGGGCCAACCACCCUUCGACACGGCCACGCUCAAGGAGACAUACGCGAGGAUCUGCAAUAAUCAUUAUCGCGAAGUGGACGACAGUAUCGCGAGCAGGAGUGGCCAAGACCUAAUUAGAUGGUUGCUGCAAUCCAAUCCCGAGUUACGACCGAGUCUGGAGAGGGUGAAGGAGCAUGCCUAUCUCACGAAGGAAUACGUGCCGAUGUCGUUGCCGCAUACUUGCUGUUACCAGAUGCCACCACCGUCGAUCAUCGAGCCGCCCUCGUCGCCGUCCUCGGUCUCCACGGUCGCCAGGAAUCAGCAGGAAGCCAGCAAGUUGCAGAUGUGGCAGCAGAGUGUCGUUCAUCCCGACGCGGCAUCGUCACGUUAUCAGCAGCAGCAGCAGCCGAUUCAAACGCAACAGCAGCCGCAGCUGAAUACGCUGAAUCGUUCGCAGAAGAGUCUGCAGAAAGAGUCCAAGGUCUCAAAUUGGCUGGUGAGAAAAUUACCCAAGUUGCCGCGAUUCCGACAGCGACUCAGCAGCGUGUUGUGCCCGGAUCACAAGAAGACUGGUCUUGUUGCGCAAAGUGUGCAGAUGCAUCGCGCUCUAGAGACAUGCGUAACGGAGAUGAAACGAAACAACGCGUGCAAUCCGCCAAUCGUGGAAGACAUCGUGCCGCUUUUUGUCACCAAGUGGAUCGAUUAUUCAAACAAGUACGGGCUGGGCUUCCAGCUCUCCGACAGGUCGGUCGGCGUUCUCUUCAACGACAACACGAAGAUCAGUUACACUCACGAUAGAAGAAGAGUGGAAUACAUGACGACCGAUGAUGAAAUGACGCGAUAUCACCGAGAAAGAGACGUGCCGGCGCCAUUGCAAAAGAAGCUCGAGUUACUCCGUCAUUUUACCGAAUACAUGGAUGAUUUCUUGACAGAAGGUGGUGAGCUGAAAAAAUAUCGAACGCCGCCGAGGCAGUCGAAAAAUACUUGCGUGCCGCGGAUGAGACGGUGGCUGCGUACAGACAAGGCCAUCGUGAUGGAGCUAACGGUACCUCUCCUGCAAGUGAACUUCUUCGUGGACCACACGAAGAUGGUGGUGUCGCAGGAGAGCGUAGGUAGGGGCUACCUGAUCACUUAUAUCGACACCGGCCGUCGCGCGUCCUCCUAUUGGCUGAACGACCUGCGUGACCUCGGCUGCACCGCUGACCUCUACGAGCGUCUUUACUACGUCUGCAAGGUGACGCGUGAGUUUGCCGAACUGGACAAUAACACGAUCGCCUGACGAUCGCCGGCGGAUUCUCUUAAAAUUUGUUGAAGAGCAACGAGAUACCCGGGAGAUUUACUUCUUAUCUGGGCAACUUCUUUCCUUAAAGCAGUGGUCGAAUGUCAUAUAGCAGUCAUAUUAGAUCUUCCUAUUUUCAAAAAUUGAAAAUUAUUAAUUACUAUGGAUGAGAGUUUUUGGAUAACUGCUAUAACGAGAAAUAAAAAUAUCCGGACCUUAUCGGGAGUUAUCAGGAUAAAGAUUAAGGAAAUAACGAUGGUGCAAGUACGUCACGAGACGUACCGUUAGGCGCAUUUCUUCGAAAGGGGAAAGGAGGGAGGCCGUAAAUAAGAAUGUCACGCGUGUAGGUCCGCGAAAGGUAUGUCGUGCUUCCGUUGAUUUAUGAACCUGUUUAUUGUUUCCACAAAACCAGAAUAAAUUGCCUAUCGAAAUAGAAUGCUUGUAGGAGGAUUGCAAGCGUUCUUUUCUGGAGAAGAAUUAAUUCCCUCGUGGAAUGAAGACUAGUUAAAUUAAUAAGUAUAAUUGUUCGAUCAAACUGCCAUCGUCAGGGUAUGAUCACGUUCCCUGAAUUGAGAUAAGCUGCAUAUAGCUAUAUCGUUCCUCUCUCGUAUCGAUAUUACAUAUAUUAUGAAAAUAAUAAUACAUCUGAAAUUCCGAAAGCUACGCACUAUUUUUACGCACAGUGGCAUUUUUACGCAGAUCUCUUCUCAUCCUUGUACGAAAAUAAUUGAAUAGAUAAUCGCAAAUUAUCGAGAUUAAUGUGAUAUAAAUAUCAUGACUAAUUGCGAGAUAUUCGGUGACACUUUUCAUCAUAACGAGAUGCAAAACGGUCGCAACUGUGAGAGUGUCGACUAUGUUACUACUACCUCUGUUAAAUAGAUAGCAUAGGUAGCUGUUAAAAUAUUUAUUUUUCAUGGCGCAGAUCUCCCUAGUUCAGUACCUAUGUCGAGUAAGUAAUUGACAUUUGGUAGAUUAUAGUCUCUUGUUCGGAUAAAUCGAAUAUAAUUUUAUUACAUUCGAUAAUGUGUCAUGUAGUUCGAAAUGAUAGAAACUUUUCUACGUACAAAACUUUUCUUCCGCUAUAAAAAAAGUACGUGUUACAAAAAGCUCUAAAAACUCCAUUUUUCACGAUUCAUCGUGCUAAGACACCGUGUUGCCUGUAUUAGAUUGCGUGAGAAAAUUGAACAUUUGAAUGUUUAAAGGCAAGCGAUAUCUUUACAAUCAACCAACAUAAAAAAAAAGUCCGAAAGAUGUCCAAAAAUAUUUACACUCAUAUUUUCUUUUGAUCUCUCGAGACAUAUUUUGGACCAUCGGAUUUGAAAAAUGAUUUUCACGAUCGUUAUAGAUCUGACGUGCGAUAAUUGUGUGUGUGUGUGGAAAGUUGAAAGAGAACUAGAGAGAGGAUUGUCAACAAGAUUAGCAAAGUCCGAUAAUAGCUAAAAGUGUAUAGAGUGUGUCUCUACUGCGUUAUUUUUUUAAGGCAGAUUUUUUUUACGAAUUUGAAUUUUAAUUUCGUACAGCAUUAUCGUGUGUUGUAUAAUAAGAAGAAAUCUCGUAUGCGUAUCUUUUGAUACGGUUUGUCGGGUACUUAAAACCAACACAAAAUACAUCUUCUUGCUGUGUGUGUGUAUGUGUAUGUGUGUAUAUGUAUGUGUUAUUCGGUGCGAAGGUACGAAAAGCCUCGGAAAAAUUCUUAGCAAAAAUCCUAGUCACGCUCCUUUUUCCACUUUUCUAGUUUUAAUACGAGCGACAAGUGUCACUGCCAUCGUUGUUACGCUGUGGUAACGCGUUGCUGCUGCAUCCAGGCUGUUUAAUAGUUAAUACACGCUAUUUAUAUAUUAGUUGCGCUUGUUGAAAGUUUAUUGUCGCUGAUAAACGAAGGUUUGUAGAGGUUUCUCGUGCGGUGUGUCUUCUUCAAUAGACGGGCUGCGUCCAGCUUUGGAAUUCGUCUUCGCGGACGUUGACACUUAAUCUUCUUCAAGCGUCUCAAAUUAAUUAGGAGAAUACGCUUACGUGAAACCGCUACGCAAAUUAAUUAUUAAUCGGUGACGCUCCUAGGCAUGUACCGUCGAUGAAAUUUCCGAAUAACAUUGUAUCAUGUCUUCUCGUAUUGCCCACACGAAGAAAUUUCCGAGCGACGAGAUCGAUAUCUUAUCGUAUGCAUUUUUCUGGCGUGGCGCACGCAAAUUGUUUUACUUCUUGUUAUCAUAUAUAUUAAUAUAGCAUUAUUAUAGCGUUAUUAUUAGCUACUUAGAUUAUCAUUGUUAUAUUAUUAUUAUUAUAUAAAUAUUAAUAUUAUUUUUAUUUACGAUUAUAUUAUCGCGCUAUUGUUCACUAUCGACGGUAUUGUGUCACGAUAAUGAUAAUCGAAAUUUUAUCUUUAGCACAAUUAUUAAUUAUUUACUAGUAAUAAUAGCAAUUCGCUGCAUCGCAGGUGAGUUUGUUAUUUGUAUCCAACACGACGACGAUUGUUAUCGUCACAUGUAAAGAGCGCAGUGAUAUUAUUAUAUUUUAUUUUUUAUCAAGGUGUUUUUUUUUAUAUCGCAUUACACGCGCGUUACAUGCGUCUUAUGCAACGAAGCGGCAAUUAACACUAAGGAUCUCAGAAUUGUUGCUUUAUUCCUCUUCUCUGAAAAGGAGAAACGAAAGCAUUCGAUUCGAAGCAAUAGGCGCUGUUUCGGGCUUUACGAAACCGCAAAUUGUUAAGUUUAAGUUAGAGGGGAAAAAGAAUCUUGCUAGUGAAACAUUUAAUAAAGCUACGAUUUUGAUAAA